GAGCUCAGUGUGUGUCUCCUGGGUAGAAGCACACAACCAAUAUCUAGGUCUCCAGUUAACAUCUAUUAGUCUCCUCUAUAAAGCUGCUGUGCUACUGCAUGGACCCAGGGAGCAAAGGCAAAGCAUAUUAGCUUCAAAUCCAGUUUAAUUAUCAGUCUAGCAGAGGGCAUACACUUGAGCUCCAGCGCAGAACAGUAGGUGGUUGCAGUGGCAGCAGUUUGCCAGGAGUUUAAGUCUUUAAAUGCUGAAAAGAGCCGAGACAAAGUGAACAGAGAUCAACCAACUGAACAGAAAAUGACAGCUGCAGCAGCUCAGGAACUUGACGAGCGAUGUUUCCUGUCAGCACAGUCCAUGCCCAAUCUGAAGGUGUCUGAACAUUUUCAGGUGUUAAAGCUGUUGGGAGAGGGAUCCUAUGGAAAGGUCAUGUUAGCUGUACACAGAACGAAAGGAACCCCCAUGGCUCUCAAGUUCUUCCCUCGUCAGUCUACCUCGCUCACCUCUUUCCUGCGUGAAUACAAUCUCUCCCUUUCUUACUGCACCCAUCCUUCUCUCACACGGGCCAUUGGCAUCUUCUUUUCCACGCCGUCCUACUAUGUCUUUGCCCAGCAAGCUGGUCUAUACGGUGACCUCUACAGCGUGAUAGUGUCAGAGGUCGGGGUGGAUGAAGAGUGUGUCCAGAGGGUGAUGUCCCAGCUGAGCGGUGCAGUUACACAUCUACACUCCCUGGGCUUCGUCCAUCGCGACAUCAAACCUGAGAAUAUCUUCCUGUGUGACAGUUCCUGUCGCUGGGUCAAACUGGGCGACUUUGGCCUUUCCCGGGCCAUCGGCGCCACUGUUCGUGCCGUCUGGUACGAUUCUCCCUUCUGCACUCCUGAGGUGGAACCUGCCAAGGAGGCUCAGAAGGAGAGGGAGUGGGAUGGGACUGAGGAGGAGAUGGAGGACAUUUGGAUAACAGUGGAGCCCUGUAUUGACAGCUGGGCCCUUGGUGUGCUCGUCUAUUGCCUCUUAACUGGCUGCUUCCCCUGGGAGCAGAGCACCCAUGACGACCGCGGAUAUCGUAGAUUCAAGGAGUGGUUUGACCGUGAGGCUGAAAAGGAGGAGAACAUGAGGAACAGUGAUUGGAGGGGUGAGGAGAAAAUAGAUAGUUACACAAUCAUGAAGGAGAACCAAAGGGAAAACCCUCCUCCCUCACAGUUUGAGGGCCUCAGCCCAUUAGUGAUGACUCUUUUCAUGGAGCUUCUCAGUCCUGAGCCCAAACACAGAGGGAGCCCCGAGGAGAUCCUGAGCUACCUGGGAGGGCCGUGGCUGACGGAGACAGAGAUUGAGGAGAAGAGGAAGGCAGAUGAGGCAGAGAAGGAGGCCAGAAAAAUAAGAGAGGGAGGUGUAGAAGAAGAGCUGGUGAGGGAAGGAAAAGGGGAAAGAUAAGCGUUGUCUUUAUAAAACAAAUUCAAGACAGAUUUGUAAUGAAUGAACAUUGCUGCAAUGUAUUUUUGUGUAUGAUUAUAGAUCUAAAUAUAAUACAAACGUAUAUUCUAUAAGGUGCUAUAUUUUCAUAUUUUUUUAAAUAAAUAUCAUGAAUAAAGUUACCACUUCCAUUGUUGUGUAUAUUCCAGUGUGGGUUUAUAUGUACAUGUAUGUGUGUCUUAAUGAAAAGAGUCUAUAGAUAAUAGUGUGAUGUUUGAAACUAUCAGCUGUAUUAUAGGGACUUUAAAAAUCUGUAUCAGAAUUGUUGUAAAAUAAACUCCUUGAUUUAACUUCUCAUGAGAUACAGUUUAUGAGUUACACAUACAGUAUAUUUAGAUGGUGUACAAUUCCAAAUGUGUCUCUAAUUACUUCCUCUCCUUCUGAGUGUUCUGAGUAAACAUCGGAGCGCCCCAGGGCAGUGUGCUCGGCCCCCUCCUGUUCACGCUGUACAUCCACGACUGCAGCCCUCUACAUGAACUGUUGUGAAGUUUGCAGGUGACACCCUCCUCAUGGGCGGGAUUACAAAUGAUGAGACUUCAUAUAGAGAGGAAAUCAACAAUUUUGCAGAGCGCUGCUCCGAGA